AUGGGGCGUACCCUGUUGUUGAGUUCUCUGGAUGGUGGCAUCCUCCCCCUCUGUUGCUCCGGCUGUGUCCCCUAACUCUGUUGCUCCGGCUGUGUCCCCUAACUCUGUUGCUCCGGCUGUGUCCCUCACUCUGUUGCUCUGGCUGCAGCUCAUUCUGUUGGAGCUCCUCAUUCAGCUGGUCACUGUGGUCAGAGGGUGUUGGCCUGCUCCCUUCCUCAAGUCUUUUUGAAGCCACGUAUUUUUGUGAAGCAUUUUUCUUCCUGGCUCCUCAAGUUGUUUUCCUUUCUUCGCCAUCUUGGGAGUCUUCUUCGUGCUUCCGGACAUCGGUUGAGAGAAGGACUUCUUCUUCCUUGUCUUGUUGGUGUUGGCUGGUGGUUGCUCUUCAACAACUGUACCGGAGGCUCUCAGUUUUCUCUUCAUCUUCAACAAGUCAGUCUAUCUCAAGGAUCUCACGUUGCAGCAUUCUUACCAGAGGCCACUGGGCCUGGAGUUCCAGUUCCAGUGUCUGGAGAGUCCACCUCAGCUCAGCAAUCUCAUGCCGGUUGGCAGUUGUCAGCAGAAGCUGAGGCCUGCCCAUCAGUUCUUUACUCUGAGGUGUUAGAGUGGAAUAAAAAUAUAAAUACUUAUACUAGUUUUCAUGGCUUCUGCUUAAUAUUGGGAUUGUUUUGUUUUGUUUUGGUGGUGAUAGGCUUACCUUACAUUAAACCAGGCCUUAGCCUUUCUGUGGCUUUGUUGUGGCAAAGCCUCAUAUUACUCUCUUGUCUGGUUCAGCAGGACAGUCAGGUCCACACCUGGGGCCGUUUGUUUUCUAUAUUUACCUCAACAUAAGGUACCUUAUCAUUGUCACCCUUCAUCUCCUGAUCCAAAAUAAAAUAAAAUGCCACAGGUUACUUGAUCUUGCAUCUGGAAUAUGAUUAUUUAAAGAAAUUAAAAAUUUAAAACUGAAAAUGUAGAGUUUAGAAAUCUUUUUUAAGGUUUCAAAGAAAUUUCUAGGAGACAACAAAAUAGUGUUACUAGAUUUAGCAAAUAAAAUACAGAAUGCCAAUUAAAUUUGAAUUUCAAAUAAACAUUGAAUACUUUUUUUAGUAUAACUAUAUUCCAUGCAAUAUUUGGGACGUAUCUGUUAUAUUAUUCAUUGUUUACCUGAAAUUAUAAUUUAAACUGAGAGUUCUGUGUUUUUAUCUGGCAACCCUAUUAUGAACAUAUUUGGGAUCAAUAUAAAGGAAUAAUUUUUUAAUUUUUACAAAAUAUUUUAAUACAAGUAGUUUAUUUGAUUUUCACUGUCAUCGUGAGAGGUAAGUUUUGCCUUACAGUCUAUGUUACUUUACCUGUGUUUUAGGAAAAGAAUGUCUCUUACAAUGAUAGCCGCCACCACCGUAUCUUGGCAGGUAUUGACAUACUGAAACUUUAAAUUCAUUUUGUGUAGUUCCCUCCUCUUCAUGAUUGUUUCUGAGGUAAUUCAGCUCCUCCAUCUGGCUUUCCAUUUGCAACUCUAGGUUAGUCUUGUUCAAAGUCAACUCAUCCAAGACACUUUGCAGGCCGUUGCUAUCAGCCUCAACACACUGAUAAAGGACAACUUUACUCUGGUAUCUGAACAGAGCCCAAUUAGAAGAAUCAAUACAGCUUAGAUGGAGGUCUCCUCAUCCAGUGGUAAUAAGAUGUCCCACAUAGUGGAGCUUAAAGAGCACAGCACUGGGGUGUGAAGACAUGGGUUCAAAUUGCACCUCUGCCAUGUUCAGCUAUCACCUUGGGCAAAUUAAUUCUCUGAACCUGUGUCUUCUCAUCAUUAAAAUGGGAAUUUAUUUUUA